AUGGCAGGAGAGUAUGAUACAGCAAUUACAGUAUUUUCACCAGAUGGUCGUCUUUUUCAAGUUGAAUAUGCACAAGAAGCUGUCAAGAAAGGAUCAACGGCUGUUGGUGUACGUGGUAAAAAUAUUGUUGUUUUAGGAGUUGAAAAGAAAGCUGUCGCUGUUUUACAAGAAGAUCGUACGGUUCGUAAAAUUUGCGUACUUGAUGAUCAUGUUGCUAUGGCAUUUGCUGGUCUUACAGCUGAUGCUCGUGUUUUAAUGCAUCGUGCACGUAUUGAAUGUCAAUCUCAUCGACUUAAUGUUGAAGAUCCAGUAACAAUCGAAUAUAUAACACGUUAUAUUGCUGAUUUACAACAAAAAUAUACACAAGGUCGUGGUCGUCGUCCAUUUGGUUUAUCAACAUUAAUUGUUGGUUUCGAUUAUGAUGGUACACCACGUCUCUAUUCAACAGAUCCAAGUGGUACUUAUCAUGAAUGGAAAGCAAAUGCAAUUGGUCGACAAGCAAAAACUGUUCGUGAAUAUUUAGAAAAAUCUUAUUCAGAAACAACAUAUGAAUCAACACAUGAAUCCAUUAAAUUAUGUAUUCGAGCUUUACUUGAAGUUGUACAAAGUGGAUCAAAAAAUGUUGAAAUUGCUGUUAUGGUACGACAUAAAGCACUAAAAACUCUUAGUCAUGAAGAAGUCGAAAAAUAUAUUGCUGAAAUUGAAAAAGAAAAUGAAAUUGAAGCUGAAAAGAAAAAACAAGCAAAACAAAUGGGUAGUACAACUACAACACAACCAACUUUAACAACACAAACAUCAAAAAAAGAGUAG